CGAAAGCUGUAUAUACGACUCCGACUGCGGACUUCGACGAAUCUGCGUGGGCGGAACGUGCCAAGAGCGGCCAUGUUUCCAAACUGAAGUCUUCCAAGAUUAUUUCAAUGUAUAUGAUUAUUACGAUUACUACUACUACUACUACUAUGAGUACUACGAUUACUACGAUGAAUCCUAUGAGUACUACGAUUACUACGAUGACAACGUUAUCGAUUACCCGUCUAUGCUGUUCUACCACUCUUAUGACUAUUAUCUCCAAGAGAGUGCUGGGGGAAGUGGUCCUGCGAAGAAAAAAACUAAAAUCUUAGGUAAACUCAAGAAAAAUGGUGUCAAGAGAAGCGGCGUUAAGAAAUCGGAGAAAAAUGCUGCAAGAAAUGCAAGAUUGUCUUUUUAUCCGAGUGAAACGGAAGGUUGCUGUUCGUUCGAUGAAUUCACCUGCAGCGGUUUCCCAACCCUCUGCGUUCCCGGUGAUUUCGUGUGCGAUGCCGACGCUGACUGUAUGAAUGGCGAAGAUGAUGCUCCCGAGGCCUGCCAGAAACGUGUUUGUGGCGACUGGAAGUUCCGCUGCGCUUCGGGGCAGUGCAUAUACGCCUUGGAUGAGUGUGACGGCUUCAAGGACUGCCUCGACGGAUCCGACGAGCACUGCCAAAAGCACACCGACUGCCCCGCUGGCCGCCCUCACCUGUGCUCCUCCGGGGAAUGCAUCGGCUCCCGCUCCAUCUGUGACGGGUUCUCCGACUGCCUCAGCGGAGAGGACGAGCUUCCCUGCGAGUGCAUCGGGCUCAGGUGUCCUUCGGGGAAAUGUAUCUCCAACAAGCAAGAGUGCGACGGCAUAGCCGACUGCGUCGAUGGAUCCGACGAGCUGUGCGGCCUUCCCGACGGUGGCCCGUGUCCGGAGGACCGGCCUGUGUCUUGCGGCGAUGGAAAAUGCAUUUCUGAAUCCAGUGUUUGCGAUUCGAUCGCUGACUGUGCCGACGGUUCGGACGAAGAUGCCGGAGUCUGUGUACCGGAGGGGUGCUUCCGCUGCGCCUCCGGGGAGUGCGUCUAUCCGGAGUACCGAUGCGAUGGCCUCGACGACUGCGAGGAUGGCUCGGAUGAAAACGACUGCGCAUCCUUCUCGUGCAGCGACGCGUCCUUCAAGUGCGCGUCGACCGGCGAGUGCCUGGGCGCAGGGGUCGUUUGCGACGGAAGAGAGGACUGUCGAGAUGGAAGCGACGAGGCCGGCUGCGCCGCGGCCGCCUGUCCGGAAGACCAGCCCUUCAAGUGCUCGUCGGGAGAGUGCGUCAGCUAUGCACAACUCUGCGAUGGCGAGUACAACUGCCGGGACCGGAGCGACGAGAGCAAGUGUCCAAAGAACAUCUGCCCUCCGUUCAGCAGGUUCAAAUGUGCGUCGGGACAGUGCAUACGGCUCUCCGACGCUCGUUGCGACGGCGCCAUCGACUGCAUCGACCGCAGCGACGAAGCGGACUGCGAGAUCACUUGCUCACCGGACGAUUUCGAGUGUGCUGCAGGGGGCUGCGUAAGCAAGACUCGCGUGUGCAACGGCCUGAGAGAAUGUCCAGACGGAAGCGACGAGAACGACUGCAACUUCUCGUUACCGUGUCCAGAAGAUCAGUUCCGAUGUAAGGAGUCUGGAGAGUGCGUCAGCGAGGGCUUUGUCUGCGACCUCGACUUCGACUGUAGAGACAGAAGCGACGAGGCCGGCUGUCAAGAAGUGCCGUGUCCAGAGAAUAGACCUUUUCGCUGCGGGUCAGGCGAGUGUUUCCCGGAUUCUUACGCGUGCGACAGCAUGUUCGACUGCAAGGACGGCAGCGACGAAGCCGGCUGCAAGGCGUCCGAAGUGUGCGAACGUCUUCAAAUAGUAUGUAAAAGCGGCCAGUGUAUCGACGUAUGGCGUCGCUGCGACGGCGUCAGGGACUGCCGGGACGGGGACGACGAGGAGGACUGCCAGGACUUCGAGUGCGCCGCCUUCCGCCCCUUCCGCUGCGGGUCGGGCGAGUGUCGACGCCCCUACUACCGCUGCGACGGCUUCUACCAGUGCCAGGACGGGAGCGACGAGGCGGGCUGCGCCACCUUCGCCUGCCCCGACCUCCGGCCCUUCAAGUGCGCCAACGGAACCUGCAUCACGAUCUACCAGGUGUGCAACGGCGUCGACGACUGCGGCGACGGCAGCGACGAACUCGGCUGCCAGGACUUCCAGUGCCCGGCCCAGACCUUCCAGUGCCCCGCGCGGAACUGCAUUCCGCCGCACUACGUGUGUGACGAAUACCCUGACUGCGACGACGGCAGCGAUGAGCAGCAAUGCGAGACGCGGGAGCAGGAUCAAGACGCGGCGGGCGGAAGGCAGAAGGAAUGAUGAUAAGGCAUUUUGACAUGAGUCUGCUUAGUGUUAUAUCAGAAAAAAUUAAGAUGUAACCUAUAUAAAAGAUA